GACCUGUCUUGCAAACCAAGUUUGGGGCCCUGAAAGGUGAAUAUGUGAAAGCGAAGGGAAAGGACACAGUUGUCCAUUCCUACCUGGGUGUUCCGUUCGCCAAGCCGCCCGUAGGUCCUUUGAGAUUUUCUCCUCCACAGCCUGCAGAGAAAUGGGCCGGAGUGAGAGACGCUACAAAACAGCCCUUCAUGUGUCUGCAGGAAAAGCAGAUAGUUGAAGACUUGGUAGCCAAUAUAUCAAUGAACAUAGAGGUUCCUGACUCAUCAGAGGACUGUCUUUACCUCAACGUCUACACACCUUCUAAACCUGGAGCAAAUGACAAGUUGCCUGUCAUGGUUUGGAUCCAUGGUGGAGGUUUGUCGAUGGCUGCUGCGUCACUGUUUGACGGACAUGUUUUGGCUGCCUAUCAGGAUGUAGUUGUGGUUGUGAUUCAGUACAGACUUGGCCUACUUGGAUUUUUCAGGUAA